ACUGAUGUUGAGAAGACACUUCUUACUUUCCCGAAAAUUGAAGAAAUUUCAUAUGUUAUGCUAAAAGACGACUAUCCAAUCACCCUGCACAAACCAGAGGAGCAAACCGUGCCUGGCUUUUACGUCAGAGCGAGUGACAGUCUAGACAUUUGUUCAGAACACACGAUGACCCUCUUGAGGUGGUACUUUAAUGGUAAUGAAACUGACUUGAAGGAUCUUAGUUGUUACGUAGAUGGGGAACUCUUUUGCAGUGGAGUGCAGCUCGGUGAAAGGAGAGAAGUCGGAAUAUGCAGUAACUUUCACCUAGUUAUUUUUAUGUUGACUUUGGCCUUCAUGGCUUCAUAA